AUGGUAUUAACACACCAGGAAAGACUGCCUACCUCCGACCACAAGUUUCCCACUACUCAGCUCCUCCUUCUAGCAAUAUGUCGCGUCGCGGAGCCUAUCGCCUUGACUUCCAUCUUCCCUUACUCGUGGGUGAUGGUUAAGGACUUUCAAAUCGCUGAUAGUCAUGACGCCUCCCUUUACGCCGGCAUCCUCAUCUCCGCGUUUUCCCUCGCCGAAGCGCUCACUGGCAUGUUCUGGGGAGGUCUCUCAGACCGCAUUGGCCGCAAACCUGUUCUCCUCUCCGGUUGUUUUGGCACCAUGCUCUCCCUUCUCAUGGUGGGCUUUUCUACAAACUUCUGGGUUGCCCUCUUCGGAAGAGCAUUGGGAGGUGCGCUGAAUGGAAACAUUGGCGUUAUCCAGACAAUGGUGGGAGAACUAGUUAAACGGCCUGAACAUGAACCGCGAGCUUAUGCCGUGAUGCCGUUUGUCUGGUCAAUCGGAACCAUCAUCGGGCCAGCCAUAGGGGGUUUGCUUGCAAAACCGGCUGAAGGGUUCCCCUCUAUAUUCCCUCCCGAUGGCCUCUUUGGCAAAUUCCCAUACCUUUUGCCGAAUCUCGUCUGCUCUAUUUUACUCGUGUUUAGUAUCAUCGGCGGUUGGCUGUUUUUGCGCGAAACCCAUCCCGAUAUGCAGCAGGGAGCCGUUGUCUCUGACGAGCAGGAUUACACGUCUCCUCUCUUAGCAACUGCUGGUGCCACCGCCAACCCCAGUGCUGAUCUACGAGCCGAAUCUUACGGCACCUUCAAUGAGGUCCACCUGCACGAGGAGAAUGGUUGGACGGUAUUUGCAGAUGGAACAAAAUGCGAGUCGGCUGUGCGCAAGCCAGUCGCAUUUACAAAGCCUAUCAUUAUGCUGGUGGUUGCCUUGGCCAUAUUUACGUAUCACUCGAUGACCUACGACCAUCUAUUGCCUAUCUUCCUGCAAGAUAAGAAUACCCGAAACGCCGCUAGCGUUAGCACUACUUUUGAUUUCAGCAUCCCCGGUGGCGUAGGUUUGUCGACUAGGACGGUUGGUGUAAUUAUGUCUUCAGACGGUAUCAUCGCUUUGAUCAUUCAGAGCGUCAUCUUUCCGGCUUUGGCUCAAUGGCUCGGCGUCUGGAAGCUCUUUGUUGUGGUCACGAUCCUGCAUCCAAUCGCCUAUUUCAUGGUUCCAUUUCUGGUUUUCCUCCCGCAGCAAUUCCUGUUCGUCGGUAUCUACACUUGUCUCGCCGUCCGCAACAUCCUUUCAAUCAUCGACUAUCCGGUGCUUUUGAUUCUUAUUAAGCAAGCAAGUCCUUCUGAUGCGGUCCUGGGAAAGAUCAAUGGCCUUGCUGCUUCUGCCGGGGCCGCUGCGCGCACUGUUGCUCCUCCCGUUGCCGGUUGGCUUUACAGUACCGGCUCUGAAAUUCGUUUCACGGGCCUUGCAUGGUGGGGAAGUUCUCUGGUUGCGAUGAUUGGUGCUAUGCAACUCUGGUUUAUCGAGCGGAAGAAAAACACUUCAGCCAUGGUACACCCGGUUGGUCCUUGCCAUUACGACGCGCACAAGGAGACUAUCCAUAUCGUCGUGACCGAUGCCGACACGAGCUCCCAGCAAAGUGCGUAA